AUGAUCGACCUAUGCAAGGUCGUGAGUGGACUGGAGCUGAGUCUGGAUGCCGAAGAGGCAAUGGCUUCUUAUUCGGAUGAUCUGGUUGACGCGAUAAUCGAUGGUAUCUGUAUGCAAACCAAAAUACGUGGUGAUCAUCGCAUAAUUGAGAAGGAUGUGUUGAAUUCGGUGCAGGCCGUGUCGUUUUUCCCGCCUAGAGUGGUUCCUCGGGCAACAUUGAAGAUCUUCUCACCAAAAGCAAUAUCAGGCGAUGGAGAACGACCAAACGCUGUUCGGGAAGCCCCUAACAUUACACAGAUUUCACUGAAACCCACUCAAACAGCCGUUCGACCACGUAAACAAGUAAUCGACGAAGCUCAAUUUCUUGAAGACAUUCGUAAAAUGAAGCCGAAAGAUACCCGAGAGCCUCAGAUCUUCUAUUCGCAUAAAUUGACGCUUGAAGCGAAAGACCUACAGCCACGAUUGGGAGCCGCAGCUAUCGCUGAGGCGACAGCUGCAAUGGAACGUCCUGCGAGGCAUUUCAUUGGGCGACCACAACCUCUGAUUACUGAAGAUCGAGGCUGCGUUCAGCCUGAACUUACAACCUAUAAUAGGUAUCGAAAUUAUCUGGGUAUUACUGGUCCGAUGCCUAACAUCAAGCCCAACAUAGGUCCUUUGACGAAACUUCCUGCCUACUUACAAGCUUUGCAACAGAGAAAUGAAAUGCUGGGAUUGGCUUCUGUUGCUAAUACUGCUAAACAGGCUCCUGCUCAAUCUCAGUCCUUGAAUCGUCCCGCUCAGCCUCGACCCUUGAAUCGUCCCGCUCAGACUCAAUCCUUGAAUCGUCCGGCUCAACCACUUUCAAUAAACCGUCCUGCUCAGCAGCCGAUACGUGCUGGUCCAACUCAGCAUCCAUAUCAGUACUCUCAACAAACACCACUGCGGCCUCCACAGAGUUUUCCGAUGCCUAUGAAUGCGGGUCAAGCAUUCCAACAAAUGCCUCCUCAAAACGCUGCUCAUGCUGUCCAAAGGUUUCAUCAACAACAGCGUCGUGAGAGAUGGGUUGAUGAGCUGGAGCGUUCCGCCCUCAUGUCACCCACACCGCCGCUCAGCGAACGCAGCCUUCGUCUACGUGGAGUAGGCAACAGAGCGGUUGGGUCUGUAGAAACUCCACCGGGGACGCCUGCCCCCACUCGAGAGUUGACGCCACCGGACGAUAACGAAUGGGAGACGGUUGAUGGACCGGUGGAUCAUGUCGACUGUGCUGAGUACUAUAUGCGAGUGAAUAGCGGCGUCAAAGGAAAGAAGGCGGGUUCUGAACCAGUGAUGCCUGUAGAGGUCUCGCGAGCAGAGGGGAGAGGCCAAGAACAAGGUGUAGUGCAGCCGCAUAGUAAUCAGAGCAGGAAAAUUAUCCGACCCAAACCACCUGCACAUUUUUCGGCCAAAGAGGCAGAAAUGUUUGAAAAAUGUGUGAAGAUGCUAGAAAUGAUAGCUCUGAGUGGUAGUCAAGAAGAACCCUAA